AUGUUUGUUCAGACUCUUGGAGGUCUACGCAAAACGCGCACACCUAGCUUGGCCACUGAGAAGCCAUUGGCCCAGAAAUCAAACGAACCCAUCGGAGCCGAUUGCUCGAACGCCUGCCGGAAGGUCCGAUUUUGGAUAUCAACGGCCACGAGCGAAAAUAUAUCCAAAGCGCUACUCAAAGCCUGUUCUUCUGUUUGCGAUGUAACCCAGCAACCCACAUCUAAAUAUUGGAUCUCUGAUACGACCGUGGAUUUAAUGUAG